AUGGCAGUUUCUGCAAUUGGUUUUGAAGGUUUUGAAAAGAGGUUGGAAAUAUCCUUUUCUGACCCAAGACUAUUCUCUGACCCUCAAGGAAGGGGAUUGAGAUCUCUCACAAAAUCCCAAUUGGAUGAGAUUCUUUCACCAGCUGAGUGCACCAUUGUGUCUUCUCUAUCAAAUGACAAUGUUGAUUCCUAUGUUCUAUCGGAGUCCAGCCUCUUUGUUUAUGCCUACAAGAUCAUAAUCAAAACCUGUGGCACUACCAAGUUACUGCUUGCAAUCCCACCGAUAUUGAAAUUGGCCGAGUCUAUUUCUCUUAAUGUUAGAUCUGUGAAGUACACCCAAGGCAGCUUCAUUUUCCCUGGUGCUCAGUCUUUUCCUCAUCGCCACUUUUCUAAAGAAGUAGCUGUCCUUGAUGGCUUCUGUGACAAACUUGGAUCAGGUAGCAUGGCUUAUAUUAUGGGUGGAUCCGAUGAAGCCCGGAAUUGGCAUGUCUACUGUGCCUCCGCUGAUUCCGCGAGCCUAGCAGAUUCUGUCUACACACUCGAGAUGUGUAUGACCGGUUUAGGCAGAGAGCAAGCAACCCAACACUUCCCAACAGUACAACCAGAAAAAUCUCUGUUUCCGGCAGUUGUUCAACGUUAA